AUGUUAGAAGACAAUAGAACAAAUGCAAAUGAAAUCUUUGAUUUAUUGUUUACUGAUGCCAAAUCUAUAGCAGAUGAUUUUGAAAUCACUAUUACUUGUCCCAGAAUAACUGGAAAACAAUCAAACAGAAACAAUUAUUCUUAUGAAUCUCCCAAAGACUAUUAUCGAGUAUCAAUUUUUAUACCUUAUCUAGAUUCAAUAAUUCAGUGUAUUAAAGAAAGAUUUGAAAAAAGUAAUGGUGUUGCUUUUUCACUACAACACCUUCAUCCAGCAUUAUUUAUAAAAAUGAAAAAACAAGAGUACACUGACAGCAUAACUAAUAUUUAUAAUUUUUAUAAAAUUGAAAAUCUGUUAGCUGAAAGUGAAAGUUGGUAUAGUUUAUGGCAAAAAAAAGACUGCCAAAGUAUGGACAUAAUAGAUUUACUAGAACAUAGCAAAAUAUUUUUCCCUGGCAUUACAAUUGCAUUAGAAAUUUUUCUGUCUUUGCCAGCUACAAGUUGUGCAGCCGAAAGAUCAUUUAGCACUUUACGAAGGGUUAAAACUUGGCUUCGGUCUACGACGGGCGAAGACCGAUUAAAUGGCCUAUGUAUGUUAAGUGUCCAUCGAGAAAGAGUUGAUACAAGAAAAGAGAAAUUAAUUGAACAGUUAAUAACAAGGUUUGCAAUGGAACAACCACGAAGACUUCAGUUUUUAUUUAAUAAAGAAUAA